AUGGAUUUCAAAUUUGGAAUACUGCUGAUCAUCAGCGCACAUAUCUGCACAACAUUGGCGCUCCCGCCGUGCGUGUGCGCAAGGAACUUAAACCCGGUGUGCGGCUCUGAUGGAGAGGAUUACAGUAAUCCGUGCCGUCUCAAAUGUGCUGCUUUUACGUCUGGAACAAACAUCACGUUAGCUAAGUACGGUCCAUGUGUAGGGUCCUUACCUCAAGUGGUUGUAUGCGAAGAAUGCAUAUGCGACAACGAAAACUCGCCCGUUUGUGGCAGUGAUGGUCAAACGUACUCCAAUGAGUGUAGAUUGAAUUGUCACAAAUCAGAGAAUCCAUCACUGAAAGUAGAUCGUUCCGGUCCCUGUUAA